GCAGCCCGGUGCCCUUCGGCCUUGGGGGCGGGCACCGACGUCGGUCUCGGCGAAGCGAGAAAGCGCGGGCGGUCACUGGGGCUCGGGCGCCGCCGCAGCUGCUCCGGCUGCCGGCCGGCGGCUCAGCUCUCGCCCGACCCGCUUCCGCCCGCUCUCCUCCCUCACGCAUCCUUCCAAGUCUCCUUUUCUCUCCCCCCACUCCCCUCGCUUUGAUCCCCCUCUCUCCCUUGCUGUCGUCGCGGGUGCUUCCACAGCGGAGCGGAGAUUACAAAGCCUUCGGGAUGCCCCAACUCUCCGGGGGAGGUGGCGGCGGCGGCGGGGACCCGGAACUCUGCGCCACCGACGAGAUGAUCCCCUUCAAGGACGAGGGCGACCCCCAGAAGGAGAAGAUCUUCGCCGAGAUUAGUCACCCUGAAGAGGAAGGUGACUUAGCCGACAUCAAGUCCUCCUUGGUUAAUGAGUCUGAAAUCAUCCCGGCCAGCAACGGACACGAGGUGGCCAGACAAGCACAAACCUCCCAGGAGUCCUACCACGACAAGGCCAGAGAACAUCCUGAUGACGGAAAGCAUCCAGAUGGAGGCCUGUACAAUAAGGGACCCUCCUACUCGAGUUAUUCUGGGUACAUAAUGAUGCCAAAUAUGAAUAACGACCCAUACAUGUCAAAUGGAUCUCUUUCUCCACCCAUCCCGAGAACAUCAAAUAAAGUUCCCGUGGUGCAGCCAUCCCACGCAGUCCAUCCUCUCACCCCCCUCAUCACUUACAGCGAUGAGCACUUUUCUCCAGGAUCACACCCAUCACACAUCCCAUCAGAUGUCAACUCCAAACAAGGCAUGUCCAGACAUCCUCCGGCUCCUGAUAUCCCCACCUUUUAUCCCCUGUCUCCGGGUGGUGUUGGACAGAUCACCCCACCUUUAGGCUGGCAAGGUCAGCCUGUAUAUCCCAUCACGGGUGGAUUCAGGCAACCCUACCCAUCCUCACUGUCAGUCGACACUUCCAUGUCCAGGUUUUCCCAUCAUAUGAUUCCUGGUCCUCCUGGUCCCCACACAACUGGCAUCCCUCAUCCAGCUAUUGUAACACCUCAGGUCAAGCAGGAACAUCCCCACACUGACAGUGAUCUAAUGCACGUGAAGCCUCAGCAUGAACAGAGAAAGGAGCAGGAGCCAAAAAGACCUCACAUUAAGAAGCCUCUGAAUGCUUUUAUGUUAUACAUGAAAGAAAUGAGAGCAAAUGUCGUAGCUGAGUGUACUCUCAAGGAAAGUGCAGCUAUCAACCAGAUUCUAGGCAGAAGGUGGCAUGCCCUCUCCCGUGAAGAGCAGGCUAAAUAUUAUGAAUUAGCUCGGAAAGAAAGACAGCUACAUAUGCAGCUUUAUCCAGGCUGGUCUGCAAGAGACAAUUAUGGUAAGAAAAAGAAAAGGAAGAGAGAGAAACUACAGGAAUCAACAUCAGGUACAGGUCCAAGAAUGACAGCUGCCUACAUCUGAAACAUGGUGGAAAACGAAGCUCAUUCCCAACGUGCAAAGCCAAGGCAGCGACCCCAGGACCUCUUCUGGAGAUGGAAGCUUGUUGAAAACCCAGACUGUCUCCACGGCCUGUCCAGCUGACCCCAAAGGAGCAUUGACACCAGCAUUACCUUGAGGUCACUGCUAGAGACGCUGAUCCAUAAAGACAAUCACUGCCAACCCCUUUUCGUCUACUGCAAGAGCCAAGUUCCAAGAGAAAUCAUAAAAAAGGUUUUUAGAAAGGAAAUUUAAAAGCACAUGAGAAUGCUAGCAGGCCCUGGGUCCACUGAGCAGCUUUUCUCCCCAUCUCUGUGUGCACUUCCAGAGCAUCUUGCAUCCACACCUGUAACCUUUGGGCAAGGACAGUAACUUGGCUCCAUUUGCCUGCCAGGCACAACUGGAGCCAGCAAGCAGCACAUGCAUCAGCAUCCCAGUGGAGGAAUUCGUGAAAGAGUUCCCUCUUUGUCUGUCUUCAUUUUCCUUUUUCUUCCUUUCUCCUAAAGCUUUUAUUUAACAGUGCAAAAGCAUCAAUCUUAUGUUUGCUUUUUUGUUUAAAACUUGAAUUUUUCUUUUUUAAUUUACACUUUUUAGUUCUAAUUUUCUUGUAUAUUUUGCUAGCUAUGAGCUUUUAAAUAAAAUUCAAAGGUCUGAAAAAGUUUGAAGUAAAAACAAAAUGAAAAGAAGCUUUUUUCUGAGAGACACCUUGUCCGAUAAGUGGCUUCUCUGUGAAUUGCCUGUAACAAAUUGUGGCCUCUUCGUCCUUGUCAGGUGUUCAAUAGAGCUAAAUAAAUGUAAUAGCCAAGUCCACUCUGUUGGUAGCAAUUGGCAGUCCCAUUUCCACUUUAUUUUUCUUCUGGCUUUUUUAAAAUUCUUUUUUAAAGUGGUAAACCUUAACAGAUAGUUUCAGAAAACCGGUUUGCAGUGAAUUUUCAUUUCUUUCCUUCUCACCCCCUUGUAAAAAGCCCAGCACUUGAAUUGUUAUUACUUUAAAUGUUCUGUAUUUGUAUCUGUUUUUAUUAGCCAAUUAGUGGGAUUUUAUGCCAGUUGUUAAAAUGAGCAUUGAUGUACCCAUUUUUUUUUUAAAAUAGCAAGGCACAGCCUUUGCCUGAAACUGUCAUCUAACGUUUGUCAUUCCAGUUUGAGUUAACAUGCUGAGCAUUUUUUAAAAGAAGCUUUGUAAUAAAACAUUAAAAA